AUUUUCUUUUGAGGUGAGGCAAAAUCACGGCGGUAAAUUGAGCCCUUGAUCAUCUUUUUGGGCCGAGCCGAUUGGGGCCCAUCGGCAGUGGCGUCCAAGACCAAUCCGAUUGUGGGAACGCACAUAUCGAAGCCAAGAGCACCGCCGUGCGUCGAAAGGAGAAGAUGGAGAGAGGGUUGUCGGGGAUGGAGAGGGCGGAAGAACGGGGAGUAGGGAAGAAGAAGGACCAGGCCGCUGCAGAAAAGGUGUGCAGGCGGUGUAAGGUGACGUUCAACACCGCCACGAACACGCGAUCCUCUUGCAGGUUUCAUCCUUCCUUCUUCGUCUGCCGGAGGCAUGACGACCAAAAGAGGUAUUAUGAACUUGGUCCUGAUGAUCCACCCUAUGCUGCCAAAUUUUAUGAUUGCUGCGGAGCGGAAGACUCAGAUGCGUUGGGCUGCACUACUGAUUUCCAUAUGUCCUAUGAUGAUGAUUGAUCUCUCUCUUAACUUUUUCAAUGUAAAAUUGUCAUCUAUCCUCCUCGCUUUUGAUCUAGCCUGCCCCGAAUCGUCAACCAACCUUUGAAUAGUCUCAACAUCCUGAUGUUCUUCCAUGUUACUUUGUGCCAAAAUAAGUUUACAUAUUUGCAAAUGAUGUGAUGAUUGUACCGAGCAGUCAGUGAACAAAUUUGUAACAAGCGAAAUGUCUCACAUCUUCGUCAUCAAACAUGAUAGGUUCGUGCUAGGCUUUGAUUGCACUCAUGUGACAAUAUUUUUUCAAGAGGGGUAAAUUACUGGUAUUCUAAUUCA